AUGCUCGAUUUCAUGGAUUACAUCCAACUCGCCUUCGCCGAGGCGACGAAUUGGAACCGCGACAAUUCAUACUCGUCGCUGACGGCCACUGCGCAGUCCCUCCUCGACUUCUCCACUCCCGAACGUCUGCGCGUCCAUCUCUCCUCCCUAUCCACUCCGCACUUCGCAACAAGUUACACCCUCGGCACCGUCGGCCUCAUCGACGGCUCAGUCUCCUACCUCUUUAGCACUGUCCCUCUCGAUAAAUUCCCCAGCCGAAGUGCCCUGAUCCCCCUCCGCAAGCUCUCCCCGGGCUACCGUCAAGUGCAAGCACCCAUCGCGCCCAUCGCAGAAACAAUCCUCAUCAACGACGACCUCAACGAUGCCUCCGCAUACACUACCAUCGGCAAGAAGGCGACCCUCUUUCACGCAACCCUACACCUCCCACCCCCGACAACCCUAAACGCCCUCUUCCUACGCCGUAUCUCCCCAACCAUGCAACUCUCCCUAGCGGUCUGUUCAACCCGAGGCCCGCCGCUCUCCAAAUCCGCCCCGCAAGCCUCUCUGCUCGCCCAACUCUCCCACAACACGGGCAAAUACAACAACGAGUACCUCUUCAGCACGGAUAAUGCCCUCUUCGGCUGGCGUGGACUGUGGAACUUCGGCCCGGAUCCCCGCGACCCUGUUGCUUCGGGGUCUUCUCCCAGGUUAUCGUUGCUCUCUGCUGGCGCGGAGGCUUACUAUUCUCCUGUUUCGUCGCUGAUUGGCAUGUCAACGGGACUGAGAUUUAGCACGUUGCCUGCUGCUACGGAUGUUCCUUUAUCAAACUCAUCACCAACGGCUAGUACCAGCAGUGCUAAUGCCAACACCCCCAUCUCUACCUUCCCCUACACCCUCACUCUUACUCUGACCCCGUUAACGGGGUCCCUCUCAACUACGUACUCCCUCCGCGCAUCCCCGAACCUAGCAUUUAGCUCCCGCUUCGGGUUCAAUGUCUAUAGUUGGGAGAGCGAGAUGGUAGCGGGCUGCGAACUCUGGCGGAAGAGUAAGCCCCGCUAUCGUGAUGAUGGUGAUGGUGUGGAAUGGGCGCGACGGAAGAUACGCGAGAGCUUGUUUCCUCAUCCGCAUCCGCAUCUAUCUACAUCCACACCUAAUGAUAUUAAAGAUCUAGCGGGCCAUGCAUUAGAGAAGAGUGGGAAAGGAGAAGAGGAGGAGAACGAAUCUGUGUUGAAGAUCCGGGUAGAUCAGUCGUGGAAUGUGCGGUUGUUGUGGGAAGGUCGGGUCAAGGAGUUGUUGGUGAGUGCUGGGGUGGGGUUGGGGCCGAGUUCGUUUUCCUCGUCGUAUGUUUCUGAUGGGGGUGGAGAGUCCGGGGGGCUGAGGAAGUCGUAUUGGAGGGGAGUGGGGAUCUCGGUGUCGUAUUCGUCGUGA